AACCAGCUGCCCUUUGACCCUGCCACCAACAACGAGCCCCUGCAGUUUGGUAGUUCCAGUGGCCCUCUGGUCACAGAAGGCCUCAUUGAGAAUGGAGGGGAAUCAAGCAAGAAAAGAAAGAGAACAAAUACUCCUUCAGCUGAUAAUAGUAGAACUCUGAAUGUGGAUUCCACUGCAAUGACACUACCUAUGUCUGAUCCAGCUGCAUGGGCCACAGCAAUGAAUAAUCUUGGGAUGGCACCACUAGGAAUUGCUGGACAACCGAUUUUACCUGACUUUGAUCCUGCACUUGGUUUGAUGACUGGAAUUCCACCAAUAACUCCAAUGAUGCCUGGUUUGGGAAUAGUACCUCCACCAAUUCCUCCAGAUAUGCCAGUAGUAAAAGAGAUCAUUCACUGUAAAAGCUGCACGCUCUUCCCUCCAAACCCAAACCUCCCCCCUCCUGCAACCAGAGAAAGACCGCCAGGAUGCAAAACAGUAUUUGUGGGUGGCCUGCCUGAGAAUGGAACAGAACAGAUCAUCGUGGAAGUGUUUGAACAGUGUGGAGAGAUCAUUGCUAUCCGGAAAAGCAAAAAGAAUUUCUGUCACAUUCGCUUUGCUGAAGAGUACAUGGUGGACAAAGCUCUUUAUCUCUCUGGUUACCGCAUUCGCCUGGGCUCCAGUACAGACAAGAAGGACACAGGCCGGCUCCAUGUUGAUUUUGCACAGGCUCGAGAUGACCUGUAUGAGUGGGAGUGCAAACAGCGAAUGCUAGCAAGAGAGGAGCGCCACCGGAGAAGGAUGGAAGAAGAAAGGCUGCGGCCACCGUCCCCACCCCCAGUGGUCCACUAUUCAGAUCAUGAAUGCAGCAUUGUUGCUGAAAAACUAAAAGAUGAUUCCAAAUUCUCAGAAGCUGUGCAGACCUUGCUUACCUGGAUAGAGCGAGGAGAGGUGAACCGUCGCAGUGCCAACAACUUCUACUCCAUGAUCCAGUCGGCCAACAGCCAUGUCCGUCGCCUGGUGAAUGAGAAAGCUGCUCAUGAGAAAGAUAUGGAAGAAGCAAAGGAGAACUUCAAACAGGCCCUCUCUGGGAUUCUCAUUCAAUUUGAGCAGAUAGUGGCCGUGUACCAUUCUGCUUCCAAACAGAAGGCAUGGGACCACUUCACAAAAGCCCAACGCAAAAACAUCAGUGUUUGGUGCAAACAAGCUGAGGAAAUUCGGAACAUUCAUAAUGAUGAGCUAAUGGGAAUCAGACGAGAAGAAGAAAUGGAAAUGUCUGAUGAUGAAAUAGAAGAAACAACAGAAACAAAAGAAACUGAGGAAUCAGUAUCACAGACAGAAGCCCUCAAAGAAGAAAAUGACAGCCUCCGCUGGCAGCUCGAUGCCUAUCGGAAUGAGGUAGAACUGCUCAAGCAAGAACAAGGAAAAAUCCACAGAGACGAUGACCCAAACAAGGAACAGCAGCUGAAGUUCCUGCAGCAAGCGCUCCAAGGCAUGCAACAGCAUCUACUCAAAGUCCAAGAAGAAUUCAAAAGGAAAGAAACUGAACUUGAAAAACUCAAAGACGACAAAGUACAGCUGGAAAAAAUGUUGGAAAAUCUUAAAGAAAAGGAAAGCUGUGCUUCAAGACUAUGUGCAUCAAGCCAGGAGAGUGAUUGCCCCCUGGAGAAGACCUUGAACAACAGUCCCAUAAAGUCUGAACGUGAAGCUCUGCUAGUGGGGAUUAUUUCCACAUUCCUUCAUGUUCAUCCGUUUGGAGCAAGCAUUGAAUACAUCUGUUCCUACUUGCAUCGUCUUGAUAAUCAGAUCUGCACGAGUGACGUAGAGGGGCUCAUGAGUAGACUUCAGCACACCUUCAAACAAGAAAUGACUGGAGUUGGAGCCAGCCUGGAGAAGAGAUGGAAGUUCUGUGGCUUUGAGGGCUUGAAACUGACCUGAAUCUUUUUGCCAAAAACUUAGGAUCCUGAAAAAUAAAGGGAGGGGGGAUGUUGGGGCAAGGUUAGAAAGUGAUUUGUAUUUUUGAUGGUUUUCAAGUGAAAAUUGCUUUAAAUUUGUCAUUUCAUUCCAUGGGAUAUCGUCUGAGUUAAGAUAAGGAUCCUAGAACAGCACCUCGAGCUACAGGCCCUAACAAGAAAUCGCCUCAAACCUCAAGUGCUGUAACUUCUCCCCCUUCUUGUUAGUAGUAUUGAAACAAUCUUGAAGCUAGAGAGUAUUUGGAAGUGUUUUCAGUGUCUGUACUACUGUUGUAAACCUUGAUAAUUUUUUUUUCACCACUGUUAACUGAGCUGUUUUCUGAUUAUUUGUAUCUGAUUUGUGUUUGCAACCUUCUCCUCACAUCAAAGCUGCUGCUGGUGAAAGGAAUGAGAGGGGCUCUCAGUAUUCCGCGUAACUGCCAUUGUCUUUCCAAUGCCCAGUAGACCAGCAUCUAACACAUCAGUGUUUUCCAGAAGGUGCUUAACCAAGUUCACACUGUAAAUGACAAAGCAUGGUUUGUGGCUUUUUGCAAAAUGACUAUGAACCAAAAGUUAACAAAUGUUCCAAAGUUAUUUUCUCUAAUAUGUCAAACAAAAGAUCUGUUUCAGAAUUUUGAACACAAAACCUGGAUAUAUGUAUUCACAGCAAGCAAAUAUCCAGUAUGAGUGACAGGUGUCUGCACUAUUAAGAAUCACUUGUAAAUAGUCUGCUUUUAAAAGGUGGGCGUGUUUAGUUUUGUAUGACUUAAAACACACUGGCAGGUGAGCUCACACACAUGCAUGCUCACCCACACCGGCAGAAGGGAUGUAUUUUAAUGUGUAUUUCCCUCUGGCCGUCUUGUGUUCUCCAUCGGCCCCUUUCCCUCUGCUGACCAUGUGUUGAACAGCAAAUUGUGUACCGCCGUCCACGCUAGGUUUACUGCAACGCUGAAUGUGUAUGAAAAGCUGGUAUGAGUGUUGAGAAUAAUGGACGAAUGAAUAAUAAUGGGCCAAAGUAUGUGAGGCUUUCUGCCAGCAGCAGGUCAGCUCUGUGUGGUGUAGUGUGUUGGUUACCAGUGAUGCCUCACUGUUCUGCAGUGCCCAGCAGCAGGUUGCAGUGGCUGGGGACAAGCAGGCCUUCAGAAACUUCUGCUCAGUCAGUGGAACAGGAAAGGAGAAGAUAGGGGUUGGAGGGCCAAUAUCCUAAGGCAGAGAUGAUGGGAGUGUGUGUGUGUGUGUGUGUGUGUGUGUGUGUGUGUUAGUACUGGUGGUAGCAGUGGCAGUAGUGCUUCUAGUAACACAAACAAGCCCUCCCUGUGUCUCUAUUGGAAGUAAGAGAACAUGCUGAAUAAGCCAAGCCAGCGCAGAGCGCUUCUCAAAAAGACUGUAAAUGAGAUGUCGGCAGUGUUCAAAGUUGUAUUUUUCAAAGAUAAAUAUUUCCUUUUUAUA